AUGUGCAGGGGUCAACCUUACGUCAGAACAUUCAUCCAUCGCAGCGGAUUCCACUCUCAAGCUUCUCCAAAUUAUCCUUCUGGCGGCUACGACGAUCAACGAGGCCGCGGGCGUGGCAGAGGCAGAGGCAGAGGCAGCAAUCGCGGACUUCAUCGCAGCGGUGGAGGUCGAGAUGCACAACUUCGGGCUGGCUCCAACGACCACUAUCGUGACAGCGCGAAGCCUCAAUAUGGGCACGAUAGCCAGCAACAGCAUGGCGCUGCACAGAGGCAGUCAUCGUUUGCUGGGCCUCCAAGAACCUUUGAUGGCCACAAGAGGAAGCUGGAUGUGCUUCGUACCAACGAGCCACGAAAAGUGGCCAAGCAAAGCCCCCCAGCAGCGCCUUCAGUUCCCAGCUUUGGUGCGCCACUUAUCUCGCCUCAAUCACAUCACACCCCCAGAGUACAGCCUCAGAACAAGUCGUUAGGUCUCACUCCUGGCGACGCCGAUCCAGUCUACUCUUCCUCGGAAAGCGACAAUGAUGACGAAGAUGUCGACGAAGAAAAGCUGUACCAAGCUCUUGGUGAAGGCCUCACAUUUGAGCACAACGGCAGCAUAAUGUCUCUGAAUAAUGUAGCCGAUCUGGCCGAGUGGAUUCAAGAGCGCAAAGAGAAUUUCCCGGCCAGAUCCCGCCUUCCUGAGAAAGAAGAAAAGAAGCGCCGCAUAGGCGCAGAGCGUAAGCGGCUUCUGGAUGAAGCUAAAGCUGCACUUGGUGAUCGAAUUGUGCGUCAGAGGCCACAGAAGUUGAAUCGACGAGGAGAAAAUCGUGCGCCUCAAAAUGCUGGGAGGAACACUGCUUCUCAAGACAGGCCGCAAGGAAGAAGGCCUUCUCAGGGAGAGGUUGCUGAGACCAAUGGAUCUGACCAAUCUGGCGCCACUCGCCUAGGGCAGGAUAUAUCGGAGUCUGGCUCACAAAUUCGACCCAACAAGGCAGUGACCGAGCUUUCCAGGCCUGCUUUGUCGUCCGUUUCACCUUUGAGCACCCUCGAGCCAAGUGGGUCGACUGUCAAAGGAAGCUUGGAGAACUCCGAGAACAAAAGAAGCGAUUCAGAAGCACGAAUCACGGCAAAGAAUAACGAAAUGCCAGAAGAUGACGAUACCUCCUCGAUCUCCUCGUCCUCUUCUUCCGACACCUCUUCAGACAACGACGACGAUCCUCCAGAAACCUUGACGUCCAAACCUCCACCACUGUCAUACACAAAGUCGAAGCCUUGCAAGUUCUUCGCCGCUACAGGCCGUUGCCGCGAUGGAGACGCAUGUAGGUUCAAGCACGAACUGAAGCCAGGCGCUGCAAAAGCCUUGAGGAAAGAGGCAGACCACCUCAAAGAGGCACGACGACGCGAUCCGUAUGCGCCGAUCCUAGACCAGCCGGAGAGAGGCUCAAAGAUGACUAUCCACCAACGAUUGCUCGAACAGGAACAGGACGCAGAAGAGAAGCUUGCUCUACAGGUGAUCAAAUAUCUCGGCAAGCUUGGGAUGUUUGAUUAG